AUGCAUGUUCUGUUUCUUACCGCAUACCUCCAGAUAUGCCGAGCCCGGCGGGCGAAAUGCGACAACGAAAAGCCUUGCUCCUACUGUCGGCGAAUUGGAGCAACGUGCUCGGCUGAGCCAGCUUCUGCCACCACAGGCUUUGACCCGGCCAGCCUGGCUAUUUUGACCAAGCUCGAGGAGCUCCAGAGCGAGGUGCAAUCGCUGUCAGGCCGCCUGCAAAGCCCGCGCUCUCGCUCCCAAACCUCCUCGCUAGUCGCUCAAAAUUCCCCUCACCAGAUUACGCAGGCCCCCGUAUUGCACCUGGAUCGCCAUCUGCAGCGCGGCAAUAUCAGCCAGGUGCUUGCCUGGGAGAUCUGGCAGCCCCAUGAGCCCCCGCAGUGUCGCGCUACCAGCGAGGAACAGGACGCUGAUCCAGCGUCAUUCGUCAGACACACGGAAGGUUUGCUUGAUCUCGGCCUAUUUACCGGUUAUUUAGAUGCUUUCUUCCGCAACGUUCACACUUUGAAUCCCGUGCUGGACGAACAGCAGAUCCGGGCUCGGCUAACCAAAUUCUUGCUCAAUGGCAUUGAGUGGGACGCGGGUUCCUGCCUUCUCCUGCUUGUGUUAGCCAACGGGGCCUGUUCGUCUAGCUUUAGCGAUUCCUCGAUGGCCGGCCCCGCCAGCAGUCGAGACGAGCGCUGCCGGGUAAAUGAACAGGCAUUGGCAUUGUUCGAUGCUGCGGAGAAACGCAAGAGCACGCUGUGGCGCAGUGAUUAUCUGACGCAGGCUCGCUGUCAUUUCUACAGUGGCAUGUUCAUGAUGGUCUUGAUGCGACCGUUCGACGCCUGGCGCCACUUCCUCCAGGGGUUGGCGACGUGCCAAAUGUCGACAGCUCCGGACAGAGAUGUUGACCCCGUUGACAAGCAGCACAAGGAAAGCAUCUAUUGGUCGUGUUGGAAGUCCGAGCGAGAGCUCCGCAUUGAAUUGGACUUGCCCAAUUUUAGUUCGUUGGGAUAUGACCAUCCUAUCAUGUUUCCAACUCUACCUCCCGAAGUCUUUGAUCAAGAGCAGCUCCGAGCAUGGUACUUCUAUCUCGCGGAAAUUUCCCUCUGGCGCUCCGAAAUGACGGCCCGCGACACCCUGGCAGAGUCCGUGAAGCAACAACCAAGUGCCCUGGAAUCUCUAGCAGAGCGAACAAUGGACUUGGAGACAUCGUUGGCCUCCUGGAAGGCUUCCUUGCCGGAUGCAAUCAACCUCGACGUCGGAAGACAGAGUAGCACAAGAGAUUUACUCCACUUUGUUCUCCAGGGUCGACUGACUUACAAUUACGAAGUGCUGACAUGGCCGUUUCUGGAGACCUUGUUGCUAUUCGGAGCACAUAGAACCACCCCUGCAUUCGCCCUGGCUGCCCGGGGUAUACGCGUUCACUACGACCGGCUUUCCAUCAACCGGCCUGGCUUCUAUUAUCGACACCAUGGCACUUGGCUAAUGCGGCGCUCGUCGACACGCAGUGCAUGCAUUCUCCUUGCAGUCGCCCGUAGCAGUUCCCCCGAUCUUCUACCGACAGGGUGGGAAUCGUUAGUUUCAGAUACAAUAGCAAUGCUCGAGUACUGGAGUGAAACGCCCCAGGAUGAGAUCGUUAUAUUCUUGAAAGCUUUGUUGUCUGAAUUCAUGUAA